GGAGCAGCAAUCCAACCAAAGCAGUGCUUUCAAGUGCCAAAUUAUAAUGAUACGCUCCAACGCUGUGAUCUCUCUGAGCGUUUUGGCUCUCUGGCUGCUGCUAGUUUGGGUUCACCCCGGUGUAAAUGCAUAUCCAUCCAAGCCUGCCAGUCCUGCGGAGGAUGCACCACCUGAGGAACUUGCCAAAUACUAUUCUGCACUGAGGCACUACAUCAACCUCAUCACAAGACAGAGGUAUGGGAAGAGAUCCAGUCCAGAUACUGUAUUUUCAGACCUCCUGGUGAAAGAGAGCACAGAAAGUAUUCCAGGAUCCAGCUAUGUCAGGUAUGAUGGGCUGCCGAUAUGGUGAUGCCAUUUCAGCUGUCGUACCCAUGCUGAUCCAUGCAACAAAGCUGC